AUGUCGACAGAUUUAAAUGCAAGUUUCAAUGAGCAGUAUAUGCAUAUUAAUUCAAAGUUAAAAAAACGUUUUAUGCGUAAACCAAAUAUAACAGAAGCUACAAACGAGUUUAUAGCUCUGGCCAUCCAGUGUGAACACUCGGAGCAACCUGCGUUCGCUGCGCAGUCCUAUGUGGGUGCUGCCAAAUGUGAAGCAGCGGCAGGAAACUACCUUGGCGAGGCUGAACAUUAUAUCACAGCAGCCAGACACUAUAUGAAAGCAGAAAAGAAACUUGCUUCUCUUAAGUUUUACAGUCCUGAUAGAGAAAAUCUAGAGGCUGCUAUAGGAUGCUUCAUGCUAGCCCUGGGAAAAUAUCCUCCUAAAUCCCCAUUAUGCAUUUCAAUACUAAUGGAGUUGGCUAAUGACUUAAUAGCCCUCAACCAUAAGCUAGAAGCUACUUCAUAUUAUGAGCAAGCAUUAGAGAUAGUCACAGAUCAGACAAUGAAGAUCAUGUGUUUAAAAAAUUUACUCAAUUUGCAAAUUGAAUCUGAUAACCUGGAUGUAGCUCUUGAAACUGCCAAUUCAAUAUGUGACAGCAAUAUAACUAUUCCUGAAGAUAUAUUAGUCGAAGUGCAGGUGAAUAGAAUAUUGUUAGCUUUGCUAGUGGAACCCCUUGAUGAGAAUAAACCACAAUCUCUAAAGCAAUUGUUUGCAGACUUGUUAAGUGACAAUGAUUGCGAAUCAGCACCAUUCUGCACAGAUCUCAAGUUAAAACUACAGUCUAUGAUUAUUUCAGUUGCAAGAGGAGAUGUUUCUUCACUCAUAAGGAUUUCCGCUGACACAAAACAUUUUCUUACGAUACAACAGAUUGAUUUGCUAGACAAAUUGAACAAAGAAAUGAGACAAAAAUAUUUGGCUAUAGCUUAA